AUGACCACUUUAAAAAUCCAAACCCAACACUGCCGCUUCUGCAACCACCUCCUCCUAGCAACGACGCGCGACCUGACAACCCUCCCCCGCCGAAGCGGCGAAAGCAAAGACAAAGCGCUGAUCCUACCAUUAGAGCGCACCAGCAAGUCGAGCGAACUAUCCGCAGAGCUAGAAGGCGAAGCCGAAGGUGAAGCGGGAGCAGGAGCGCAGAGUUCUUCGAAUGCGAAUGUCUUGACUGGGGAGUCAUCAAAGCACGCAACCCUACUUCUUGCAACUACGAUCCCAGAUCGGCGGGCGACGCUUUUUCGACGGGAAGACGGGAUUGAGAAGAGGGUUUUGUUGAGGUGUGGACGGUGUCGGGUUGUUGUUGGGUAUUAUUUGGAUGGGGUGCAUUAUUCUUCUACUACUUCUACUUCUACUUCUGGAGAGGAAGGGGAUCGGCCGCGGGCAGUGUAUAUCUUGCCGGGGGCAUUAGUUGGGACGGAAGGGAUGGGAGGGGAGGGAGUUGGGGAGGGGGAGUGGAGGGAGUGGGCUGUUUAG